CUAGCAGCAGCAGGCGGCGCAGUACGCAUGCGCGGCGUUGGCUGGUCUCGGCCGUAUGUGUGCGGAGAGGCAGAGAAGAAAGAGAGACAAGUAACCGGCGGAUACUCUCCGUUCUCUCCCCCCCUCCUCUCUCAUAAACCACUGCAGCCAUGUCGGGCCGCUCGGUGCGAGCCGAGACACGGAGCCGGGCUAAAGAUGACAUCAAACGGGUGAUGGCCGCCAUCGAAAAAGUACGGAAAUGGGAAAAGAAAUGGGUGACUGUCGGAGAUACUUCUCUUAGAAUUUACAAGUGGGUGCCUGUUGCUGAGCCUAAAGUGGAUGAUAUUGAGUUGAAGGUGACAGAUGAGAAUUCGGGACUUCUGAGGCGACCAAAACCCUGUGGAAAAAAGACCAAAAACAAGAAGAAAACAAAGGAUGAGAAAUGUGGGUCCGAACUGACCACCCCGGAAAACAGCUCCUCUCCUGGCAUGAUGGACAUGCAUGAUGAUAAUAGCAACCAGAGCUCUAUAGCGGAUGCAUCACCUGUGAAACAGGAGAACAGCAGCAAUUGCAGCCCUGCCCCAGACAACCUUAAGAUCCAGGAAGACAGCACGGAGUUGAAGUCUGAGGAGGCUAAUUCUAAUGCCAGUGAGCACCAAGAUUCUGAAGUUACUUCGGGUCAAAAUUCACAGUCGUCUGUUGAAAGUUCACUAGUCAAUUCAGAGAAAACUGAGCUACAGUCUUCUGUUGAUAAAGAUGCUUCUACAGAAAACACAAAAAAUUCUCAGGAUUCUGAUGAUGGUGCACCCCCUCCAAGCAAAAAGGCAAAAUCUGACAGUUCGGCACAAAACACCGAAGCAGUCUAGACCGUCAAGCUAAACUUCUUUCUUUUUAUUAUUUGGGGUCGGUUUACUGUAAGGUACAUUGGUUACUGCAACUCUAGGACAGCCUUACUGACAUCUUUGUCUCUUUAAUGAGAAUAGAACUCUUUUUAUCUUCUCAACCUACAAAGCAAAAAUCCAACAAUGCCUGGACAGGAGGCCAGGACUUUAGGAAAUGGGGAAACUUUCUGUGACAACUCAAGAUACCAAUGACAGUCUUUUGAAGUGGUUGUUGUAAACACUCAGGAGGGUCUACGCACUGUUUUCUGUAGUCAUUUUUACAUUUGUGUUGCUGCUGUAUAUACGUUUUUCCAUUUUGCUAUUUAACAUGUAAGAUAUUUAAAGAUGGUACCUGUUCAAUUUUAA